AUGCUGGACUCAGCCGGGCCAUGCCCGGUGAAUCCCUACGACACGAAGCCACGCUCAGGGUACCUCAGCUGGGACGAUUACUUUAUGGCGGUGGCGUUCCUCAGCUCCCAGCGCUCCAAGGAUCCCCACAAACAGGUGGGAGCAUGCAUCGUCGACCGCCAGAAUGUCAUCUGUGGCAUCGGAUACAACGGGUUCCCCCGCGGCUGCCCCGACGCACAGCUCCCCUGGUCCAAGGCGGCGGAGAGCGGGGACCUGCUGGACACCAAGUACCCCUACGUCUGCCACGCGGAGAUGAACGCGCUGCUGAACAAGAAUGGGGCGUCUGUCAGCGGGGCGAGGAUCUACGUCACCAUGUUCCCCUGCAACGAGUGCGCCAAGCUGAUGAUCCAGGCGGGCAUCGCCGAGGUGGUCUUCCACGAGGACAAGGGCACGGCCGCCGGCGGGUCGAGCCCAGCUGCCGGCAGCGCCCAGCCAGCUCCGGGGAGCAUAAGUCGGAGCCAGCAGUAUGCAGCGUCUAAGAAGCUCAUGGCCAUGGCUGGGGUGCAUGUGCGCCAGCACCGCUUCCAUCGCAGCGUGAGGCUGUGCCUGGACCCAGACCCCGCAUGA